GCAUGUGCCUGGCAGACACUCGGUCAGCGCUAGAGGCAGCACCUGACAGCUCUCUGUAGGCAUCAAGCAGCAGAUCCAGCAUCCUCCCCGGAGAAACUACUACUACUACUACUACUACUACUACAGCAGCCAUGAAAGCCAUCAGCCCUGUGAGAUCUCUGGCCAGCUGCUACCAGGCUGUGUGCUGCUUGUCUGAGCAGAGCCUAAGCAUUGCCAGGAGCAGUAAUCACAAGGGAUCAGAGGAGCCCAUGGGUCUUCUCUACGACAUGAAUGACUGCUACUCCAAGCUCCGAGAGCUGGUUCCUGGGAUCCCUCAAGGAAGCAAACUCAGCCAAGUAGAGAUCCUACAACAUGUCAUUGACUACAUCUUCGACCUGCAGAUAGUGUUGGGUGAAGAGCAGGAGCACAACUCCCUCCUCUCCUUACAGAAAUCAGACUUCUCAGAAAUGACAACGAAAGGAGAUGCCAGCAGUAUCUGCCACUGACCAUGCCACCUGCCAAGGUGUGGGAAAUUCAUGAGAAGGAAAAAAAAACAUCUUUCCAUGAAGCAACAGAAUUGGAGAUGGAAGAAUUUAACUCUUUAAAGCCAGCAAUCAAGAUUUUAUCCCACAAUACAGACUGUUUUUCCUCAAACUCCUUGAUUCCUAUAUCUACUGGUUUAUUCUACAGCAGAACGCUGCAACCAAGAGACCAAAAGACGAAAGUAUUACGUGUAUUCAAGUAGAGCCUUCUAUUUUUACAUUCCCAUGAGGACCAAAAAGCCAUCAUUCCUCCAGUACCCCAGUGUGCUGUCUCGACCAACGUGAAUCCCAGUUACUGAAGACAGCAUUGAUGUGUACCCGUUGCCUUAAGAGCUGUAUAUUUUUUGUACCAUGUAUACUUUUUUAUGCCUUCAUCUAUUAUGUAAGGACAUAGAAGCCUAAAUCUGUGGUGUGGACCCCAGAAUAUCCCUCUCUCUAAAGUAGAGAAUUAUGUGUUGGAACUGCACAGUUUCAGAUCUUAGAAAAGGAAACUUUUUAUAAAAGUUAUUUCUUGUUUGUAAAUAAUAAACCAAAUCUUAUUUUUAA